CACACACGCACACAAACACAAACAUUCGAUAUGGCGCUCAUGGACACCGCUUGGCGCUGCCGCCUGAUGAUAUUUGGAGUCGCAUCGCUGCUGCUGGUCGGCGAUCUCUUUGGCUACGGCGGUUACAGUGUGCGCGGCGUUAAAUCGGAUCAUCCGGAUGAGGUGGGCGUGCAGGGUGGGGGUCCCCCAACCGGACCCGCUCCAGCUGCCAAGUUUCAGCAGAAGAAUGCCGAAAUCGACAUAGGCGAAGAGCACGACUUUGAUGAGUUUUCGGCUGCAGCUGCACUCAAGCCCGUGGCAACUGCGGCUAUCACUGGAGCCAGCCUGAAGACCAAAACACAGCUGUCGGACACCAUCAAGGAGUCGUGUCUGCCCAAGAUGCUGUGCGAGCUGGCUGCCAAGCCGGAGUACCAGCUGAGCGAAAAGGAGCGCGAGCUGCUCAGAUUGAUAAGAUCGCCGACUAUGCCCUGGAUGAUGAAUAUGCCGCCGAGCAAAUGGUAUUUCGCUGCCCACAUGGGUGAGCUGAUGCGUCACUCUAGCGAUAAUCUGAGCGGUCCCAUGGGCUGUGCCAAUCUCUGGCCCAACUGCCCCAUCAGCUCCAAGAAGCUGAUGAAACUGAGCUAUAAGGUGCGCGUUUAGUUGAUGCCAGCCAAUGUGAUCAUAGAUUAUUAAAUUAAGCACUAGAUGUAGUAGGCGUACGCACACACGCACACACACACAUAAAGACGAAUAUCGCACACACACACACACCUACACAUAAAGAUGAUGAUGAUUGUAUACUGACGCUGAAGAGACUUACCUAUUGUACCAUAAAUUUUUCGCUCUCCAAGGCCCUCGGCUGGCUGCCAAGCAUUGACAAGUGCCUCCACAGUGCUGGAGCCUGUGACGGCAUGACUGAUGUGACAAUUUGUAAUUCGUAUCGAUUAGCUAGCUCUAAGUGCGCUAAUUAGUCAUUAAGCGUGCCUAGUCUAUCUCAAUUAUAUUUUAGUUAACUUAGCCUUAGUUCAAUGCGCGUGUAAUUGUAAAUAAAUG